CGCUGUGCGAUCCGGCGCAUUCCGCUCAGGUUGACCGCUGCAGCAGCUCCUCCAGCGCGCGCCCGCCCGCGUGGAGAUCCCCGCGCGCCCCUCUAGCAGCUCCGACCACACCGCCUCGCGCCUGGCCUGAAGCCGGACCAGAGUCCGCGAGACCACUUUCCUCGCGCCACUGCAGUGGAGACCGUCAGAAGGUUUUUCUUCUUCUUCUUCUUCUUCCCAUCCUUUUCUUCUUUUUCGAGUUGUCCGAUUUUUCUCCAGCCCUCCUCCUCUCGCAGUCUCGCAUUUUGUUGUACUUUUUUUUUUACAUUUUAGUUUUUUUACAAGAAAAGAGGCGCUGCUGUUUCCCCGAGUGUCUCUCUACCUGCUCGCCCAGCACCCAUGAAUUCAGAUACAAAUGUGUACCUCGGCAGAGACAAAGGCAUCAUGCGGAAGAGAGCCCUGCUCCUUCGGAAAGGUUGCAGCUUCGAGAUUACCAGCUCUGCCUCGGAGGACUUGGGCUGCCGGCGCGGAGACUUCAGCAGGAAACACUAUGGUUCGGUGGAGCUGCUGAUCUCCAGUGACGCAGAUGGGGCCAUCCAGCGGGCAGGGCGCUUCAGGGUGGAGAACGGCUCGUCGGACGAGUCUCUGGACUACACGCCAGGAACCUGGAGGAGAACCGAUGUCCAUCUGGAGAAUCCAGAGUACCACACCAGAUGGUUCUUUAAAUACUUUCUGGGAAAAGUCCACCAGAACUAUGUGGGUACGGAUGCAGAGAAGAACCCCUUCUACCUGUCAGUCGUCCUCUCAGACCAGAACAACCAGCGGGUUCCUCAGUACAGAGCCAUCCUCUGGAGAAAGACGGGCACCCUGAAGAUCAGCCUCCCCUACAGCCCCACCAAAACACUAUCGGUCAAGUCCAUCCUCAGUGCAAUGAACAUGGACAGGUUUGAGAAAGGCCCGAGGGAGAUCCUCAACCCGGAGAUCCAGAAGGACCUGCUGGUGUUGGAGGAACAGGAGGGUUCUGUCAACUUUAAAUUCGGCGUCCUGUUCGCCAAAGACGGACAGCUGACAGACGACGAGAUGUUCAGCAACGAGACGGGGAGCGAGAGCUUCGAUAAGUUCCUCACUCUGCUGGGCGACUCCAUCUCGCUGCAGGGAUGGACCGGUUACCGCGGAGGGCUGGACACCAAGAAUGACACGACGGGAAUGAACUCCAUCUACACGGUGUACCAGGGCCACGAGCUCAUGUUCCACGUGUCCACCAUGCUGCCGUACUCCAAAGAGAACAAACAGCAGGUGGAGAGAAAGCGACACAUCGGAAACGACAUCGUCACCAUCGUGUUCCAGGAAGGGGACGACGCGUCGUCGUCCUUCAAGCCGUCGAUGAUCCGGUCGCACUUCACCCAUAUUUUUGCAUUAGUUAGGUAUAAUAGCCAGAAUGACAGUUACAGGUUGAAGAUUUUCUCAGAGGAGAGCGUUCCACUGUUCGGACCUCCUCUCCCGCCUCCGCCCGUGUUUACUGACCACCAAGAAUUCAGGGACUUUUUACUCGUCAAAUUAAUCAAUGGAGAGAAAGCCACACUGGAGACGCCGACGUUUGCCCAGAAGCGCCAGCGGACCCUCGACAUGUUGAUCCGCUCGCUUUACCAAGACCUCAUGCCUGACCUGCACAAGGUUCCCUUUUCUCCACAGAACAUGUUGAACCGGAGGUCCUUCAGCGACGUGCUGCCCGAGUCUCCAAAGUCGGCGCGCAAGAAAGAGGAGGCGCGGCAGGCCGAGUUUGUCAGAAUCGGGCAGGCUCUGAAGCUGAAGACCAUCGUGAGAGGAGACGCCCCGACGAGCCUCGUCACCACCGGCCUGUGCAGAAAGGAGCCUUGGGAGUCCCAGUCCUUCUGCAGCACGUUCCCCAAUGAGAUCGUGUGUGCCGACUCCUGGGGUCAGUCUCUGCUGGCGGCCACCGACGCUGCUGGGGUCAUGCUGCUAGACGGCCCUGAUCCAGCUGUGCCCAACGCUGAGACGCAUGCGGCGCCCCCCGUCCAGGUGUUUGACAAAACCAUGCUGGUGAAGCAGAUGCACGUUCUGGAGCCUCAGGACCUGCUCAUCACCAGGGCUGACAAAGGGAAGGACGCCCGGCUCUACGUGUUCCGGCUCAGCGCGCUGAAGAGGGGCCUGGAGGAGAAGCAGCUCGUCAGGAGCAAGUGUGACAGCCGGGAGAAUAAACUGGAGAAAACCAAAGGGUGCCAUUUGUACUCUAUCAACACCCACCACGGCUCAGAGCUGAGGAUCGUGGCGGCCAUCAGGAACAAACUCCUCCUCAUCACCAGGAAACAUCCGCGGUUCGAAGGCUCGAGCGCCGUCGGCGUGGCAACCGACUCGCCGGUGGAGGAGUUCCAGUACAUACGGGAGAUCUGCCUGUGUGACCCGCCGGUGGUGAUGGCGCUGGUGGAUGGGCCGACCGGGGAAAACGACAACAUGAUCUGCGUGGCCUAUAAGCAUCAGUUUGACCUCAUCAACGAGAGCACCGGCGACGCCUACCGGUUACACCACGUGGACGCCAACAGGGUACAUUUCGUAGCAGCCAUCGAUGUGUAUGAAGACGGGGAGGCGGGUCUGCUGCUGUGCUACAACUACAUCUGCUCCUAUAAGAAGGUGUGUCCGUUUAACGGCUCCACGCCGAUGAUCCAGUCCAACGCCUCGGACUUCCACUUCAGCUGGAACCAGAUGCCCAAUGCUAUCGUUUGUGCGUUUCCGUACAUCCUGGCCUUCACGACGGACUCCAUCGAGAUCCGACUGGUCGUCAACGGGAACCUGGUGUACACGGCGGUGGUGCCGGAGCUCCAGCUGGCGGCCUCGCAGUCGGACAUAUAUUUUGUUUCCUCGGCUCCGGUGAGCUCGGCCUCCAACUGCAGCUCGAGGGACACCAGCUCCCAGAGUUCCCCUCAGACGCCCACCGGCUACGAGAUGCCCGCGUUCCCUUCGCCGCUCGGUGACGAUUCUAUACGGAUCCCCUAUGGUACCAAGCUUUCCCUGUACAUGUCUAAGGAUGCCGAAGGUGAAGCGGCAUGUAAGCACAUGUUCAAGAUCCCUCUGUGUAACCUGGUGGGCCGCAGCAUCGAACGACCCCUCAAGUCCCCGCUGGUCAACAAGGUCCUGACCACGCCGGCCCCCGCCAUGGUGCCCCCCACCCCGCUCAUCGCCGCCACGCACUCGCUCUCCCUCUCCCGCAUGGAAAUCAAAGAGAUCGCCAGCCGCACACGCAAGGAGCUGCUGGGCCUGACCGAGGAGCCAAGUGGAAAGUCAGACGGCGGAACCGUCAAACAGAGGAAGAUGAGCAAGAAGAACGCAGACGAAGACCCCAAAGCGCGGGCGCUGACGUCAACCAACAGCGACAGGUCGGCCUCAGAGUCCGUGGAAUCGGACCUGGACGCCCAGCUGCACUGCUCGUCCAGUUCGGAGGCGGAGCCGAGGAAGGCGAUGCUGCGAGAAGAGAGCCCGCCUCUCGCCAGCGCGUUCGCCCCGUCCACGUCCUUCGAAGAAAACGUCUUGGACCUCAAGUGAAGACAAUCCCCACCGUGCACUUGCCUCGUGCACUUCCCCCUUCCCGCUCCUGUGCUGUCACCGGUAUUUCAUUGUUUUUAGUUGGUUUCUUUAAAAAAAAAGAAAAAAUCUGUUUGUUUGACUUUUUUGUUGUUGUUGUUGUUGUUGUUGUUGUUGUUUAUAUGCCCGUAUCUUUGGUCUCCCCCCUUCCAUCAGACAAGAUGAGUGCAGUGGGACGCACGACGUGUCCAUGUGCGUUUUUUGUUUCCCUCGCCGGGUGUUUGUGUUGCCCGCCCCCCCCACACACACACCCAUCUCCU